AUGCCGUCACCGAUACCAGUACAAUCGUCCUCGCCAACAGGUGGAGGCCUAGUGGACCGUGCCGCCGGAUGGACAACAGACACACCGCCCGAAACAAACAGCGCAGCGAUUAGCAGCAACGCCGCAGCAGUUGUCGAGGCUGAUAUGAGUCCGGAAGAAGAGCAAUCAAGUUCGCCGGUGACGGGCGUGAUCGCCGGCCGGGACGACGAGGAGCGCCGGCUAACCUCGCCACCGUCGGGUAGUAAAUUCGACUCGGUGGCCAGCAAACCGGACGCCGAGUCCGAGUCGUGGGCGAACAGCAGCGACGUGGAAAAGUUUGAUGGCAAGAUCGUGUACAACCCGGACGGGUCGGCGUACAUAAUUGAGGAUAACAGUGAGCUGAGCGAAGAUGACGGCGUCGACCUUCCGUCUGAGCUCCUCGGAUCCGGAAGUAUCGUGGACGGCCGAGGCGUGAACUUGUCGCAAGCCGAGGUAUUCCCACAGAUCGCUAACGCGUUUUACGUGUCCCGGGCCAACUACGGGGAUCUGUACGAGCAGCAACAACAGCAGCAGACUAACAGUGCACCCGCGGCCGCGGCCCUUAACAGGGUGUUCCAAGACAAGAAGAUAGUUCCUGAAGUGCCGGUGAUGCACAGCUACAGGGUGUAUACUGUCCGUGAUAAAGCGGGCGCGUCAGACAACCGAACGCCGCCGUUGUCCAACGACUGUUCAACGGUACCUGUCAAGCCGAUACUCAUGUGCUUCAUAUGCAAACUGUCGUUUGGGUACGCAAAGUCUUUCGUAGCACACGCCACCGGUGAACAUGGUGUCACGCUUCAGGAAGAUGAGUACAACAUACUUGGUCACAAGAACGCGUCAGCCAUCGUGCAAUGCGUGGGCAAAGAAAAAGAGCCGCUGGUAUCGUUCCUCGAGCCUUUGGCCCUGCCCGCAAACAAAGCUCAUACUCGGACCGCGUCCCCGUCCCAGUCGUCGUCGUCGUCGUCGCCGAACGCCGCUCACAAAGUUCCUAAUGCGUUUAUUAAUGACGGUAAUCGUUCCUCCUCCUCCGACGGCGGUGGCGGCAGCGGUGGCGACCAGAAAGGUUGCCCGGAAAGCCUGGUGGUGCACAGGCGCAACUCCACGCCGCCCACCUCUUCUCCGAGCGUCAAUACAGUUCCUGAGACGUCCGUCUCCCUACCUCAAUCUGGUAGUCCUAGAAGUAAUGUUAACUCGUUUAGUAUAAGUAAAAACAAUAAUUGUAGUAAUAAAGCCGCCGCCUCUGCAACUGGUAGUAGGUCCAAUAUGUACGAUUGUAUCAUGGAUCUGACCAGGAAGAGUCCAAUAUCUGCGUUGGCCGUGUCAUCAGGCACGUCAGCCCGGAGCAACAGCGCAUCACCGGGUGCUAGCCCGUCGCCGGGCACCACACUCAGCCCGCAACUCAUAUCGGGCAAUGCACCGUUAUCGUAUCCACAACCACCGCCCAACUUCAUGACCGGCACUACGAUUGGUGUAUGUCCAGAUCACAUGAACGGUAGGCCAAGUGGAGUGGACUGUGCCAGAUGUGAGCUAAUUUUAAGUUCCUCGAGACUAGGUGGCGUUGGUGGGUCGCUGGUCGGUAUGCACUCUAGAAACUCGUGUAAAACGCUUAAAUGCCCUAAAUGCAAUUGGCACUACAAAUACCAAGAGACGCUAGAGAUACACAUGAAAGAAAAACACCCCGAAUCUGAGACGUCGUGCGUGUAUUGUAUUGCCGGACAACCGCAUCCGCGGUUGGCUAGGGGUGAGACGUACACGUGUGGUUACAAACCGUAUCGUUGCGAAGUGUGCAACUACUCAACGACUACUAAAGGCAACCUGAGCAUACACAUGCAAUCCGACAAACAUCUAAACAACAUGCAAGAGUUACAAAACGGCGGUGUUGCCGGAAAUGAAAUGCAAAGGCACCAAGCUUCGUCACCGUCUCAGCACCCAAAACAGUCUUCAGCCAUGAGUCCGGGGUCGACGAGCAGCCAACAUCCAGCCAUGAACAGCCCAAUGAUUAAUCAGAAGCCCAAGCCUACGUUUAGGUGCGAGGUGUGCAACUAUGAGACUAACGUAGCCCGAAACCUUCGCAUACACAUGACCAGUGAGAAGCAUACACACAAUAUCAUGGUUUUGCAGCAAAGCGUCAAACAUAUGCAGACACUCAACGCUCUACAGACGCAUCACCAACAGCAAAUGAACUUCGAGUCGCUAAUGCACUUCCACCCGGGGCUCACGUUACCCGGAGACAAGCCACCGCCGCACACCGAGGCAGCACUCGCCGACAUGGCUUACAACCAGGCGUUACUCAUACAAAUGAUGACCGGUGGACAAAUGCCGCCACAUUUCGCGGGUGACGUGUCCCCUCACGUCGACACCGACAUCGGACUGAACCCAGAGACCAUGGAACCACCGCCCGAGCCGGUGGACAAAAAUCCAAACUUCAUGUUCCAAUGCAGUACGUGCAGCACUUUUGUCACGGACUCGUUGGAGACGCUAUCGCAUCACUUGUCCACCGACCGGACCAAAGUACGCGAACAAGAAAUACUCACUGUGGUAGCUGGAAACUACAUAUGCAACCUAUGCACGUACAAGACGAACCUGAAGGCAAACUUUCAGCUACAUUGCAAGACCGACAAACAUUUACAGAGGCUGCAGCACGUCAACCAUGUGAAAGAAGGCGGGCCGCAGAAUGAGUGGAAGCUCAAGUACAUGUCAUCGCCCGGUGGCGUCCAAGUCAGGUGCAAUGCGUGCGAUUACUAUACAAACAGCACGCACAAGCUACAACUUCACUGUUCCGGACAAAGGCACGAGGCCGCCUCGCUGUUGUUCCGGUAUCUGCGGGACAACGACGCCGGUGAAGCUUCUGUCUAUCAUUGUUUGCUGUGCGAGUUCUCUAGCAAAGAUAAAUUACCACUAUUGCAACACGUCAGAACCGUGAAACACAUGCAAAUGGAGCAGCUGCACCAAAUGCAAAGGCGGUCCGAUGGCAAAGACAUACAAACUGACAUUAACAUGGUGUUCCAAGUGACCAGUGCUCCGCAAACGUCUAUGUCUGUAGAUAGCGACCAAGAACAAGAUCGCGAAAACAAAGGAGACAACGAAAGUCCUAAUAUGUCUAUGGAUGCAAUGAAAGCAGAAAGUUCCGAACAGUUCGAAUUGGACUCUAAUCUCAACUCACCAAAAAUUACCGAAGGUCAAGAACAACUGACUCCCACCGAACAAAAGAAAAACGAAUUGUACUGUCCACUUUGCCAAGAUGUUUUCGAAGAUUUAAUUAAUUUCGAAAAACAUUUAAUGAAUAUUCAUAGUGUAAACUCCGAAGGUCUCCAACGGUUGCUAAGCUUGGUCAACCAAUCACAUUGGUUGAACUCAUCAAAAUCUUCACAGCAGAGUCCUCCUCAUACUUCAACUAAUCCACCGUCGCCCGACUUAGAUAAAUCAAUUGAAAAAUCUGACGAAAUACAAGAUCAAGAUACUGACGAAAAUAAAUGUCCAACAUGUCAAAAAGUGUGCAAAAAUAUUGACGAUUUAUGUCAACAUCAAAACGAUACCGGCCACGUCGAAAUUAAACAGACACCAAAUGGACCGGGAUACCUGUGCUGGAAAAAAGGUUGCAACUUGUAUUUUACUACAGUGCAAAAUUUACAUAUUCAUUUCCGCGAAGUACACGCUGGACAACAAAACAUUCUUGUGUCCGAAAAACAUGUUUACAAAUACAGAUGCAAUCAGUGUAGUUUGGCAUUCAAAACACUUGACAAAUUGCAAGCGCAUUCCCAGUAUCACGCCAUAAGAGACCUGACGAAGUGCAUAUUGUGCAGACGUAGUUUCAGGACUGUUGCUACGUUUCAAAAACACUUGCAAACCGCCCAUCCAGAUCUAGCGCAAGCUGAUCUUGAAGCGUUGAAGCAAAACUCCAUGCUCCAAUUCGAUCAGUCAGCUGACGAAAAAAUGGAAAUCGACGAGUCCGUCGACGACGAAGAAGAAAAGGACGAAGAACCUGAAUGUGACAACAGUGACGAUUCGAUCGCGUUUAAGCAACAGCAAUUGAUUGAAGAUUACAUGAACGGACAGACACUAGCUGAAGAUGGGUACAAUGAUUCAGAAAGAAAGUACAAGUGUCACAGGUGCAAAGUGGCAUUCACCAAUCAGAAGUACCUAACGCAUCACAACAAAACGCUUUUGCAUCGCAAAGGUGAAAAACAGACUUAUCCAAUGGAAAAAUAUCUCGACCCCAACCGGCCGUUUAAGUGCGAGGUGUGCAAAGAGUCGUUCACACAAAAAAAUAUACUUUUAGUGCACUAUAACUCUGUUCUUCAUUUACACAAGCUAAAGCGAUCCAUGCAAGAGCAACAACAACAAUUAAACAACAAUAACACACCAAUCGUAUCAAAUAACUCGUCUUUCGCCGCCGUGAAUGCGUCUAAGACAUCGGGCUCAACGUCGGAAGACGACGACAAAAAACCGUACAAGUGCAACAUAUGCAAAGUCGCUUACACGCAAGGCUCGACAUUGGACAUUCAUAUGAGAUCAGUCUUGCACCAGACUAGAGCUUCAAAGCUGCACGAUCUUGCGUUGGCUGGACAGGUAGACCUGACCAAACCAAUAAUCGAGCAACCGGAACAGGGCAGUAGACCACCAUCACAAAACCGACAGGACGCCGAAAGCCAAGCGUCCAGCAAAGAUGAACAACAACAACAACAAUUACAACUACCACAACAACAACAACCACAACCACAACCACAAAACCACCACCAAAAAGGCAACCAGCUGAGUUGUCAACGGUGCAAUGCUUUGUUUUCGAAUCAAGAUCAACUCAACACUCAUCAACAGCUAUACUGUAUGUUCGGAACUCCGAUGAAUAUGUUGCCAAUGAAUCCUACGCUAGCUUUUGCGGCCAAUAAUUUGAGUGCUGCCGUACAGGGUCCAAAAUCGCCGUCGCAGCAGAUAACGCUGACCGAAGAACAGCUGUUAAAAGUGCCAUUGGCACUUCAAGGCAAGAAGCACUCACAUAUGUACAAGCUUUUGGAGAGCUAUGGGUUCGAUCUGGUGAUGCAAUUCAACGAAAACCAUCAGAAGCGGAAAGAAAAUGAAAAGUUACUACAAGAACUCACCGCCCAAAUAGAAAUGGAACAGCAGGCGAACGCUGUCAAAGAAGAAAUAAAUGAAAUAAAUGAAGAAGAUACCGGUGACUUGCCAGAAGUUGCUAAGUCGACAUGCGUGCACUGUAACAAGGAGUUCUCUAGCGUGUGGGUACUUAAAGCUCACUGUGAAGAAGUACACAAGGACCUAGUACCUUUUGAUUUUCUUGAGAAGUAUGCCAAACAGAUUAAAUGCGAGAUAGAAAAGAAAGGCAACGAACCACCGACCGUCAACACAACCACGUCAUUGCCGUCAUCGACAUCUGUGUCUACCACUACUACGCCGACGGCCAGGAUCGGUUCGCCGUCCGAGGAUGUGUCCGUAAAGACGGAAAAUGAACAGGACAUCGAAGCACAAACGGAAAAUGCUGAUUACAUGUCUAACGCGGCCACAUCGUCGACUGGUGAACCGUCCAACGUUAACAUGUCUGGUGUACCACCGAACAUCCCUCUGUCGGUCGCGCAACACUUGAAUGAAAUGCAAGCGGCAUUCAACGCGAUGGCCGCGUCACAACUAACUCAACAACUACAACAGUUUAAUCCUAUGAUGGUAGCUAGUAUGGCCGGUCUCGGCAUGGGGCUACCUUUAGGCCUCAAUAUGCAAGCGCUCGCCGCUAUGAAUCUUCAACCACCGUUGGUCCCGAUGAUGAUGCCGCCACCGAAUUUCGAAUCCAUAAUGAGUUCGCAACAAAAUACGAUUUUCCAACAACAGCCCAACUCCAUAGACCCGACUGGAAUCCUGGCUAAACAACAACAGUUACUCCAACAACAGCAACAAGUGCAACAAAAUUCGCAACAAAAACGAGCGAGGACACGCAUCACUGAUGAUCAAUUGAAAAUCCUACGUGCUCACUUUGACAUAAACAAUUCUCCAUCUGAAGAUCAAAUUCAAGAAAUGGCUAGCCAAAGUGGUCUCCCACCCAAAGUCAUCAAACAUUGGUUUAGAAAUACAUUGUUUAAGGAAAGACAGAGAAAUAAAGAUUCUCCGUACAAUUUUAAUAAUCCACCAUCGACCACAUUAAAUUUGGAAGAAUACGAGAAAACUGGGGAGGCGAAAGUGAUGCCUCUCACUCAACCGAUACCAAUAAUCGAAAACACUGAUGUCAUCGUUAUUAAAGAAGCACCUAAGACACCUACAUUUGCGAAAAAGAAGCCCUUACAGACCAGCACUCCAAAUAAUAACACUGUUGUGCGAGCACAAAGCCAAACGCCCACAUUUCCACAACAACAGACAUUUGCUCAAAACUUUUCGAGACCGUUCACCACACAACCGAUAGAGUCUCCAGUGAAGAUGGAAUCACAAGUCAAACCAGAACUGAAAGAUGCCGAAACCAGUCAACCUGAAACGAAAUUUCCAUGGGGCAAUCCCGAGUCUCCGUCCAAACGUAGAGAUUCGGUUGAAGAAAAACAAAACCUGUACCUCCAUCACGACAGAGGGUCUCCUCUUGAUUUAAACGCGGCCGAGAAUCUUACUUUGUCCUCGAUACUCACUUCUCAACAUCAAGAAAUAAAUAUGUCAAAUGCGAUUUCUACCAGCAAUAUGCUACCACCGAAAAUAUCUGCAUCGAGUUUUACGUCACCGCCACAAAUGUCGGUAACCACACAAUCUGGCCCGAGAAGCAUUAGCCCCGGUAGAUCUCCUAAUUCAUCCGAUGGCUUUCCGCAUUCAAUCAUGAUGAAUCAGAGUAGCGGUGGUUCCGGUGGUUCUACUUCAUCUGGUAAACGGGCAAAUAGAACUCGUUUUACAGAUUGUCAGAUCAAAGUGCUUCAAGAGUUCUUUGAAAACAACGCCUAUCCAAAAGACGAUGACCUCGAGUAUCUAUCUAAAUUGCUGAACUUGAGCCCCAGAGUGAUUGUCGUGUGGUUCCAAAACGCUCGUCAAAAAGCUAGAAAAGUGUACGAAAAUCAGCCAGCCGUAGAACCUGCACCAGGUAUUGUUGAGGAGGGAUCAAAUCGAUUUCAAAGAACACCUGGUUUGAACUAUCAGUGUAAUAAAUGCCUGUUAGUUUUCCAGAGAUAUUAUGAACUUAUUAGACAUCAGAAGACGCACUGUUUCAAAGAAGAGGACGCUAAAAGAUCAGCUCAAGCUCAAGCAGCGGCCGCCCACAUCGCAGCUGCAUUGAGCUCCGAAGAUUCCAACUCGAGCACUGUAGAAAAUCAUCAAGGACAAAGCGCCAAUUCUAAUCCGAUGACUCCAAAUCCGACGCCGACUCCGAGUUUGACGUACCCGACGUCACCGAUUCAAACAUCAUCAUCGCAUGACAAGGAAAAUGUUUACAACUGCGAACACUGUAACUCUGUGUUCACAAAACUUGACCAGUGGAAAGAACAUCAACAAGUCCAUUUAAUGAACCCAAAUUUGUUUCCUACCUAUCAUCCAGAGAGCGCUUUCGGAAUUUUACAACAACAGGCACAAUUACACCAACAACAACAGCAGCUCCAACAACAACAAUCUCAGUCACAGCAGAUGAGCGGUACUUCUGAAAUGAACGCUAACCCUACAUCGUUAAUUUUGUCCAUGAUGCAACAGAAUAAUAAAAGGUCAUUUGAUGAAUUUGACGAUCACAGUGAUAAAGAAACCGAGUUCACAAAAGACAAACGCUUGAGGACCACUAUUUUACCUGAACAGUUGGAUUAUUUGUAUCAAAAAUAUCAAAUCGAGAGUAAUCCAUCUAGAAAGAUGUUAGAAAGUAUUGCGCAAGAAGUGGGCCUAAAAAAACGCGUGGUCCAAGUAUGGUUCCAAAAUACUAGGGCCAGAGAGCGAAAAGGCCAGUUUAGAGCUCAUUCGCAAGCGAUCAAUAAGAGAUGUCCUUUCUGUUCUGCCAUUUUCAAAAUCAAAUCGGCGUUAGAAUCGCAUUUGCAGACCAAACACCCGGAACAGUGUUCCAGGGGAUACAUCAACGUAGACAACAUUCCGGAUGAGGAUGUCAGUAUGGACUCGUUCGCGUCAUCCCAAAUGAGCGAAAUUGGGCAAAAGAACCAGACGUAUGCACCGAACCCAUACUAUCAGAAUGCGGAUGACGUGGAAAACUUGGGUAAAAUGUACCAAGAGUCAUUGAAGAGAUACAUGGAGGAAAUGCAACAGUCAAGCAUGCAGAAUGGCGUUCUAUCCGAGAGUGGUGAGAAAACCAAACCAGAGGGAGACAGUCCGCUGGAUCUGAGCAAACCUGUGGAUUUACGUAUGGACCAAGAACAGGACGAUGACGAAGACAGCAUGUCAGAGUGCACGGAUAUUAUGGACGACGAAAGCCCAGCGUCACCGGCGUCGAGCACUCAAAGCGGUCAGCAGAGGGUGAACGCUCCAGGUGGCAGCAGUAGCAGUCAAAACAAACGAUACCGGACGCAAAUGAGCAACGUGCAGGUGAAAGUAAUGAAAGCACUAUUUGAUGACUACAAAACCCCGACGAUGGGUGAGUGCGAGAUGCUAGGCCGUGAGAUCGGCUUGGCAAAGCGCGUGGUUCAGGUGUGGUUCCAAAACGCACGGGCCAAGGAGAAGAAGUACAAGUUGCAAACGAAGCAGAACCAAGAACUGACCGGGCCACCGGACGAGUGCAAAUAUUGUCGAUUCAAAUACACACACAAGUACUCCGUCCAGGACCACAUAUUCACCAGCCGGCACAUCGCACUGGUAAAGCAGCACGUGGAGAGCCGCAUGUCAGUGUCUGACAUGUCGGGCAACUGCAGUGACGGCGACUUCACGGUGCCGCCCACCCCAGGCGAUCCGCACAACAACAACCUGCCCAACCAGCAAGUCAACCAGCUGCAGAUGCUCCAGCUGGCCGGGCUCAUUGGCCAGUCACCCGUUGCGCAAGCCGUGGCCAUGGCCACCAUAGCGAAGCUGGAUGGCAAGGACCAGUCGCAGAUGACCGCCGAGGAGCUGGCCUUGUUGCCGCACCUAUACAACUUGGGCGUGAGUUUCCAGCAAGGAUUCAUGCACCCGGGCACAGCCAUGAUGACGUCGCCAGCCGGAGGCGUUCCUAGCACCACGGCGGCCACGACCAACGGUAUGCGUACGACUGCUGUCGCAGCAGCAGCAGCCGCAGCCGCCGCAGCUAACAACAACAACACGUCCACGGGCACCAUGACACCAGCCGCUGGCUCCCAAGAACAUCAGCAACAGCAACAACAGACCGGCCAGUCGGGAACUCCGGUGCGGAUGCUCCAACUCGACCAGUCGGUGAUCCAGGCCAUCGCCGACCGGUGCAGGACGGUGCGUCCCGACCAGACAGCCGUGGUCGAAGUGGCGGCCACCGUGCCGGCCUCCGAACUGCCGGCCGAGGGUUACGCCAUCGACGGCGGCCGGACGGUUGGGCAUGCGUGCGCUAAGUGCCAGUUGGCGUUCCCGGAUAACGGGGGCCUAGCCGCGCACCAGCAACGCGACUGCCGCACCACCGGAUCCGUGGCCCUGGCCCAUCCCGCGUACGGAUGCCGGUCCUGCGGCAUCGGGGCCAAUGGCGAGACCAACACGUACGGCACUGUGCACGCUCUGCGCGCACAUAUCGAGACGGCCCACCGCGGCGGUCAUUACGGCACCGCCACCUCUUCGGUCGGCCGCCACCAACAUCUGCAGCAACAGCAACAGCAGCAGCAGCAACACCACCACCACCACCACCAUCACCUUCAGCAGCAACACCAACAGCAGCAACAACAGCAGCAGCAACACCAGCAACAGCAACUGCACAUGCAGCAGCUCCAACCGUCGCCCAACCUCUCGGACGAGAUGGAGGAUGUGGUGAACCAGAUCACGGCACUGGCCGCAGCCAAGGCGGUCGGCCGCAGUCCGUCGCCGCGCGACCUCAACAGCGACUCGAACGCCAAUCUGUUUUGCGCGCCGUCCGCCGACAAGAAGUCGUCCGGUACCGCCGCCGCCGCAGCCGCAGCAGCAGCCGCCGCGGCCACCGCCAAGAUGCACAAGUUCACAGCGCCGCCGGCCGCGUGCAACGUCGCGCCAGCCGUGCCAAGUAGUGGCCAAUAACUCCGACCGAUCUACGAAUCCGACCACCAUCCAUCAUCAUUUGUUCGCCGUCAGCACGCGAGCCGCAGACUUCUUCGGUUUCGCCGUCACUGCCGCCGCUGACGAUGACUACGACAAAAUAUGUUAUGUAAAACGUAUGUAAUGUGUGUAUGUAUAUUAUUAUUAUUAUUAUUAUUAUUAUUAUUACUAUUAUUUAUUUAUUUAUUUAUAUAUUAUUGUGUAAAACUUACCCAAAGUUCCUUUUCGACACACUCAUGUUCCUGGGGAGAGGACUUUCUUCAUUUUUUUUUUUUAGUUAUUGCGAUUUUCUUGCACUCGUAUGAUAUAAUAAUACAGUGUUAUCCGUAUACGCUGCGCGUCUUUAUUCUCGUCGGAUAAACAAUUAUUGAUGAAAUAUAAUUACGAAAAAAAAAAACAGUAUCACACCUCUCCCCUUUUUUGCGCGUCCCGUCUUAAAAGUUGUGUAUUAAGUAAACAAUUUCUACGGUCUUUCGUUUCCUCACUAUUUUUGUUUUCAUCUCAAAAAAGGUACGUAGUUCCUCGUAUUAAAGAAAAUCACUAACGAUACGAAAAGAAUUAAUUAUUUAUGUGUGUAUAAAAAAAACAAAAAAAUACGAUAACUGAAAGUUCCUUUACGCUACUUGUUUGUUUGUUUGUUUGUUUGUUUAUUUAUUUAUUUAUUAUUAUUAUAUUAUUACUAUUAUUAUACUAUUUAAUAGUAUUAUAUAGGUUUUUUUCUUAUUUUUUUUUUUUAUUGACGCUGUUUAAAAAGAUACGUGCGGUUUUUUGGAAACUACUAAUGAAAAUAUGGUAUAAUUAUAUAAAACGAAAACGUACUAAACUCGAUUGCACGAGUUAUUAUGAAACGAUGUAAAAUUUAGCGCAAUCAUUUACGGUCGCUUAGUAUUUCUUAGCAUAUGUUUAGAGUAUAUAUAAAUACGUAUAUAUAUAUAUAAUAUAUAUAUAGGUUUGUGUAAAUAUGAAAAGAGAGUACGGAAAGAUUAAACCGAAAAAUCAUCAUUAGGUUUUAAGUAUUGUAAUGCAUUUCUACAAUUAUUAUUAUUAUUAUUAUUAUACGUUUUAGGUAGGUAAUUUUAUUUAAUGAAUAUUUAUUGUAUUCAAAAUUAUUAUUGAUAUUAAGUCAAGUAACAAACACCUCGC